AUGAGCGCGGCGUUGCUCCGGAGUCGUGCGGACGGCCCCGCGCUGCGGUCAAUUGGGCUCUUAUCGGCUCGAUUGAACAACACAAGAGGACCUCUCACUGCUAGAUUUCCUCUCACACGUUCAUUGAACACCAUUACUCGCCGGCCCCUGCCACGACAUGCUUUCGGCCCAGCCUCGAAAGCGUCAAUCGCGAUUCGAUUCAAGUCCGAUAAGCUAGCCGCAAGUGCCGUGCCUCCUUCCAAACCAUCGCGUAUUGCCAGAAUUAUAGGCAAGACCUUCUCAUACUGCGGUGUUCUUUUUGCUGGCGCUACAAUCUGGGUUGUUGGGUUCUUCAUCUAUGAUGCCAGCACAUACCGUGAGACGCCCACUGCGGAGGAUAUCCCUGUAUCGGAGUUGGCGUUGAACCCUCGUCACGGAGGCCCUAAGAACUUGCCCAUUGCUGACUACCUGGUUGGUGAUUAUGACUCUGAGGCAAUGCUCACACAAAAGGAUAAGCCUCGCUUGGUGAUUUUGGGUACAGGCUGGGGUAGCAUUGCGUUGCUGAAGAACCUGAACCCCGGCGAUUACCAUGUCACAGUGGUUUCUCCCACCAAUUACUUCCUGUUUACCCCCAUGUUGCCCUCUGCUACGGUGGGCACCUUGGGUCUUCGCUCGCUUGUGGAACCGGUCCGCCGGAUUAUUGAUCGUGUGAACGGACAUUUCUUGAAGGCUGAGGCUACGGAUGUCGACUUCUCAGAGAAACUGGUUGAGGUCUCACAGGUCGAUAGGGAUGGGAAUAAGAGGAACUUCUAUCUCCCAUACGACAAGCUUGUUAUUGGUGUUGGCUGUAUCACAAAUCCCCAUGGUGUGAAGGGUCUUGAACACUGCAGCUUCUUGAAGACUAUCGACGAUGCUCGUCGGAUCAAAAACCAGGUCCUGGAUAACAUGGAAAUGGCCUGUCUGCCUACCACUUCUGAUGAGGAGCGCAGGCGCUUGCUGUCAUUUGUGGUGUGUGGGGGUGGCCCGACCGGAGUCGAGUUUGCUGCUGAAUUGUUCGAUCUGCUCAAUGAGGACCUGCUGCACUCAUUCCCCAAAAUCGUGCGGAAUGAAAUCUCUGUGCAUAUCAUCCAGAGCCGAACUCAUAUCUUGAAUACUUACGAUGAGGCCCUUUCUAAAUAUGCCGAGAGCCGCUUCGCUCGUGAUGGUGUCGAGGUGUUAACCGGUGCCCGCGUUAAGGAGGUCAGGGAUGAUCGAGUCCUUUUCAGUCAGAUGGAAGAUGGCAAGGAGGUUAUCAAAGAGAUUCCUACCGCAUUUUGUUUGUGGUCUACUGGAGUCGCCCGCGCCAAAAUCUGCGAAACCAUUUGCGACCGGCUUGAUGGCCAAAACAACAAGCACGCAAUCGAAACUGACGCCCAUCUCCGCGUAAUCGGCUCACCCUUAGGGGACGUCUACGCCAUUGGUGAUUGCUCUACCGUCCAGAACAACGUUGCUGAAAACAUCAUUCGCUUCCUCCGCACCAUUGCCUGGGAGAAGGGUCUUGACCCAGAGAAGGUUCAUCUCACUUUCUCAGAAUGGCGCGAGGUCGCCAACAGAGUGAAAAAGCGCUUCCCGCAAGCCACAAGUCAUCUCCGUCGUCUGGACAAACUCUUCGAGCAAUACGAUGCGGACCACUCAGGAACUCUCGAAUACGGCGAGCUCUCCGAGCUCCUCCACCAAAUCGACACGAAACUCACCUCCCUUCCCGCAACCGCCCAGCGCGCUAACCAGCAGGGUGUCUACUUAGGUCGCAAGUUGACUAAGAUCGCCGCCGCACUUCCCGGCCUCAAGGCCAAUGAGAUCCAUCACGGUGAUCUUGACGACGCCAUCUACCGCGGUUUUAAGUACCAGCACCUGGGCAGCCUUGCGUAUAUCAGUAACGCUGCUAUCUUCGAUUUCGGUGGACUAAGCUUCAGCGGUGGUGUUGUCACUAUGUAUCUGUGGCGGAGUAUCUACUUUGCUCAGAGUGUCAGCUUCCGCACUCGUUGUAUGCUGGCGAUGGACUGGGCUAAGCGUGCGCUCUUCGGCAGAGAUCUCAUGAGCUUCUAA